UGUCUGCAAAGGGGCGGAACGGGAGACAGCCUCGUCUCAGGCGCUCGAUUCCCUCGGCGACAAUAUUGCUCAGAUACCCUUUUAGCACCCUUUUACCACAACCGUCUCACCGAGAAGCCGGAACCUGUCGCCACGGCAACUGCAUCAGCAGCUGACAACUCUCAGAAGCCUAGUUCUGUCUUGCUCACGUCAAACGCCCCAUCCCGGCUCGGCUGGUAG